CAAGCAGUUCGCGCGGCAUGGCGCCGCCUCCGGGGUGGCCGCCGGUUCGCUUUGGCCGUCGCCAGAGCAGCUGCGGGAGCUGGAGGCCGAGGAGCGCGAGUGGUACCCGAGCCUGGCGGCCAUGCAGGAGUCGCUACGGGAGCAGCAGCUGGCGGAGGAGCAGAAGCGUCGGGCUAGGGAGCAGCUCAUCGCCGAGCGCAUGGCCAAGAUGCCCCAGAUGAUUGAGAACUGGCGGCAGCAGCAGCGCGAGCGCUGGGAGAAGGCGCAGGCGGACAAGGAGAGGAAGGCCCGGCUGCAGGCGGAGGCCCAGGAGCGCCUGGGCUACCACGUGGACCCCAGGAGCGCCCGCUUCCAGGAGCUGCUGCAGGACCUGGAGAAGCAGCAGCGCAAGCGCCUCAAGGAGGAGAAGCAGCAGAAGAAGAAGGAGGCGCGGGCUGCUGCGGGGGCGGUCCGCCCGCGGGCCAAGGCCCAGCUGCCACCAGCGAGGACCCAGCCACCCCUGGGGCCUCCAGCUCCUGAGCCUCCUCUCUUCCAAUAAAGCCAGAGCCUGGUGGCCCCCUAAUA